CAAAGUCAGGACAAGAGGGGAAAAAAAGCGAAGAAAUUUACCCCGCAAAACCCUCGUCCGCUCCGCUAUCCCCUCCCCCGCCUCGAUCUCUCCUCGGCGGCUAGUUAACCCGGAUUGGCGUCUCACUCAGGCUAGGGAUCCGGGCGCGGGCGGCGAUGGACGGCGGCGGCGCGGGCGCGGGCGUGGGCGGCUCGGAGGGGGAGCUCACGGCGCAGGAGACGGCGCUCUACGACCGCCAGAUCCGCGUCUGGGGCGUCGAUGCCCAGAAGAGACUAAGUAAGUCGCACGUGCUUGUGUGCGGCAUGAACGGAACCACCAUCGAGUUCUGCAAGAAUAUUGUUCUAGCUGGAGUUGGAAGUUUAUCCUUGAUGGAUGAUCAUGUAGUCACAGAAGAUGAUCUGAAUGCAAAUUUUCUAAUUCCUCCUGAUGAGAGCAUAUAUGGUGGUAGAUCUCGAGCCGAAGUUUGCUGCGAGUCUUUGGUAGAUUUCAAUCCUAUGGUUCGAGUUUCUGUUGAAAAGGGUGAUCCAUCACUAAUUGAUGGAGAAUUCCUUGACAAGUUUGACAUUGUUGUACUUAGCCGUGCAUCUCUUAAAACAAAGUUGUUUAUUAAUGAAAACUGCCGAAAGAGAAGCAAACACAUUGCAUUUUAUACUAUAGAUUGCAAGGAUUCAUGUGGUGAGAUAUUUGUUGAUUUACAGAAGCAUAGCUAUGUUCAGAAAAAGCCUGGAGGAUCAACUGAACAACAGGAGUUGACAUAUCCUAGUCUUCAGGAAGCUAUCUCUGUACCGUGGAGUAAUCUACCGAAGAAGACAUCAAAAUUAUACUUCGCCAUGAGAGUACUGGAGGAUUAUGAAUUAUCUGAAGGGCGCAGCCCUGGCGAAACAACUCUUUCUGAUAUACAUGCAGUUUUGGCUCGGAGGAAGGAUAUGUGUGAUAAAAUGUCUUUGAAUGAGUCUCGUAUUCCUACAACUCUCGUGGAACGACUGCUAGCAGCUGGAAAGAAGGAACAUCCUCCUGUAUGUGCUAUCCUAGGUGGUAUUCUUGGUCAGGAGGUGAUUAAAUCAAUAUCCUGCAAGGGUGAUCCAGUCAAGAAUUUCUUCUAUUUUGAUGUGGCUGAUGGCAAAGGUGUCAUCGAGGAUAUCCCACCACCUCCUGCAAACUGAUGAAGCGCUCAGCAGCCUAACUACCAACUCGACUUGGUUCACUAAUCCUUGUACCCACUUGGCAUUGAACAUGUAGCUACUUUUAGAUUUAUAGCCAUGUGAAAAAGGCAAGUUGAUUUAACCCAGAUGUUUAGGAAUUGUAUCAAGCAUCAACCGUGACUGUAUGCACCAACAAUUUCAAGGUGAAGUCUGGAUGGUUUCUCCAUGCUUUUUGAGGUGAAGGAUUUCCUUUGUUGUCCCUUUACCCUUUUGUCAAAUCUGGUAGCAGUGGUUGGGGGAAAAUGAAGUGAGAAAGUUAUGUUCUAGCUGUGAAGCGACGAUUCUGAAAGUUCGAGGAUCAAAAUGGCCAGAGUUUUGGCCAUAAAGGCUUGAUAAGACUCCUUUCUGGAUUGAUCA